GUGGAAGGAGCAGCGUACGUGGGAUCGUUUGCCUGGAAGUCUCAGAGCAUCGGGAUGUGGGAUCGCCCUCGAGGAGAGAACAUGCUGGACAGCGGGGCGCCUUUCUACGACACCUACCAGACCUCAGAUGGAAAAUACGUGGCCGUGGGCGCCAUCGAACCGCAGUUUUACACUCAACUGCUGAAGGGCUUGGAUCUGGACCCUGGAUCUCUUCCUCCUCAGAUGAGCUUCACUGAUUGGCCGGAGCUGAGGCGAAUCUUCACCGAACGUUUUGCUUCUAAAUCUCAGGAGGACUGGUCGCAGGUUUUUGACGGGACGGAUGCGUGCGUCACACCUGUGCUUUCCUUCCAGCAGGUGAGCUCCCACCCUCACAACCAGGAGAGAAACUCCUUCCUCACGGACUCUAACGGGGAACAGAGUCCUCGUCCGGCUCCGGUUCUCUCCAGAACUCCUGCAGAACCGAGCCUCUCCUCCGAUCCCUUUAUCGGAGAACACACGGUGGAAGUGCUGAACGAAUUUGGGUUUAAAUCUGAAGAAAUAGAGCAGAUGAUGACACACGGGGUCGUGGAGGGGGAUGCAAUCAAAGCAAAGUUAUAGACCUUUUAUUUAUUUUUUAAAAGCACAAUAUGUUGAUCUGCAUUCAAGCUUUAAAUCAGAGGUGUACGAAUUGUUGAAGCUGCUUUUGGAGAAAAUAACUAAUUGUGAUUCUUUUUACUGAUAUUGCCAUUGCCAUAUGAUUUGCCUUAUUAAAGGUAAUUAAUAAGUGUACCAGACAAGGGUUUUGUAUUAAGUCUGUAGAAUGCUGUUUGUAAGCCUCGGCAGAUGUUUUUACAUAUUUUUGCCUUAUUCAAAUAUUUCGUUAUCUGCGAUUUGGAUAUUGCACAAGUCUGUCCAUAUUGUGCUUUUUAUAAAAUGCUCAUUAAUUGUGCAGCUCUAAUAACAGUGCAUACACAAGCCCUGUCAGAUGGUAAAAAAAAAAUAUUUUUAAUUAUUAUAAAAUGAACAAAAAAAGGAUAAUAAAUAUAAAAUCAAAACAUACAAAACAAAAUAUUUUUGAAAAGUAUUUUCAGAAUAAAAGUAGAGAAUAAAUAAAACAUAUAUUAUCAAACAAAAAAUAAGAAAAAAAUAAAUAUACAUUUCCCUUUUGAAAAUGAUUAGUAAAUCUAAAAUAAAAUUAAAAGACUACAAGAAAAUGGAUACAAAAAAUGUACUCAGGAAUAAAACAUAAG